UACGGACAGUGACACAACCACUCUCCCUCGAUUCUAUAAAUCCAAGAUUUAUGUGAUUCACCUUUUCUGAGUUUCUGAAUCCACAACACAUUUUCUUUCACUGAAAAAAGAAAAGAAAAAUGCUUCUUAGGAGUUCAUCAGCACCACUCUUGAAUUCAUGGCUACCUCAUUCAAAAGAUUCAUCAUCACCAGAACCAGAGCCAUUAAUCCAUCUCCAAAGAACCAAAUCAGUCUCCUUAACCUGUUCUUUUCUUUCCUCUUCUUCUACUUGUUCUUCACCUUCACCCACUCACGAUUCAUCAUCAAACAGAUCAUUCCAUUCCAUUCCCAUCUCAAAAUCACAAAACCCACCAAAACCCAGAAAGAGAAACUCCAUAUCGAAAAUCAAAGCUAAAAAAUCCCAGGAAGAUGAGCAAAAGGGUAGCCCCCAAAUCGACUCAGGAUCAUCCUCUACGAUCCAGAGAUUGUUGUCCUGCUCUGGUUUGGGAGAUAAAGUUAGUAGUGAAGAAAGAAGCUCUGUGGAAAAGGAAGAGAGGGUUUUGCAGACGCUUGUAAUGGGUGACGGAAUUGGCAGCAACGGUGGCAGAAUUGGCGGUGGAGCCGGUGACGGGAGAGGUUCUGGCGGCGGAGAUGGUGAUGGGUCGGGAUUCUUUGAGGGUAAUAAUAAUCGUGGGAGUAAUAGCACUGAUGUUUAUUACCAGAAAAUGAUUGAAGCCAACCCAGGAAAUGGGCUCUUACUUGGAAACUAUGCCAAGUUUUUGAAAGAGGUUCGAGGAGACUAUGCUAAAGCAGAAGAAUACUGUGGCAGAGCAAUAUUGGCUAAUCCUGGUGAUGCAGAGAUUCUAUCCCUUUAUGCUGAUCUAAUUUGGACAAGCCACAAAGAUGUUGAGAGAGCUGAGAAUUAUUUUGACCAAGCUGUGAAGUCUUCUCCAGAUGAUUGCUAUGUUUUGGCUUCAUAUGCUCGGUUUCUUUGGGAUGCUGAAGAUGAAGAUGAAGAAGAAGAAGAAGAAAAAAAGGAACAUGAUCAUGGGCAUUCAUCUCCAGCCACUUACUUCCAUGGAGCCCCCCCAAUAACUGCAUGAACAUGAUCUUAGUACUCACUAUUCACCUGGUCAUGAAUCUCAACCAAGUAUUAAAGAUCAUUGUCUUUUUUGACAGGAAUCAAUUAAUAAUAAUAUUAAUCUUGAAAGAGAUGGUUCAAAAAUUAAAUAAAAUAUCCAACGAUAAGAAUUGUGAGUAGUAGGUGCGUUUGUGGAUUAUAUUGCAGCAAGAUCUAUUUCAAUUUUCUGUGUCUACAGAUAAUCUUUGUUUGUGGUUUGUGUAGCUUUGUAACGACCAUAUCUAUAUCUAUCAAACUGCCAUAGUUAUCACGUU